UUGUGGGUUAUACAAUCAUAAACAUUUGACCUGUAAUGAUCUUCUUAGUAUAAUCUACUGCCCCAGGCCCUGUUGCCAGUGUUCGAAUCCUAGUGUUGGUGCCGUGCAAGCUUGAGGUUAUUAUUCUAGUUGCCGUUUACUUGUCCAGGCGCUAAACCAACACGCUGGUACUACUGGUCGUAUCGACUAGCGCUAGUUAGCGCGUUGGUUACUUUUUACCACACAAACCUAUUGUCGACUCGAAUCUAAAUUGUACCGGCCCAAUUAGAAUUCCAGGUCCAAAGUACAAUUUUGCACUCGCGUGCAUGUGAUAUGGUGAUUCCUGGUCAGUGGAGGUUUCCCGAUCUCCGAUCUUGGCAGGUGAUUUGAAACAAUAAUUAUUGCAUUGGCUGACCUGAGAAUGAUGUUGCUGAUUUAGUUCCCGUUUCGUAAAAUUCUUUGGAUCCAGAAAAUAGUGUGGCGUUUCCUGGUUUGAGUCUGUGCUGCUGAAAAGAGCGGACAGAAUGCGCAGGAUCAUAAGCCGUCACGCGCUGCCUAGCCAUGGCAGCUAUACGUCUGUCGAUCCCUAUUUCGUGAUGCCGUUCAUCGUGAAAGGCUAUCGGCACGUAGCGUGCGCCUCGGACUGUGUGCUCAGUAGCCUGACGCUUAGCAACGAGCUGGCGAACAUCUGGAGUCACGUACUGGGCGCACUGUACUUCGUGUUCGAGAUCUACCGACUCAUGGCCCAACACUGGUCGUGGGACUCACCAGUAUUCAUCGCCGAAGAGCACUUUCCCCUGCUCCUGCAGCAUAUCGGAUGCGUGAUAGCGAUGAGUGGCAGUACGCUGGCGCAUGUGUUCCACAGCCAGUCGGAGUGGCACCACCAGGCAUGGUUCAUCGUCGACUACUUCUCCAUCAGCUACUACUGCGUAUCGACGGCCAUCGCGCACUACAGCUACAGCCGGCCCAUGGACCCGGACAGUGGUGCCAUCUCCGUCUUCUCAACCAAUGGCUAUCUAAGUAUGGCUCUUGUCCUGCACCUCUGCAUAUUCAUAUCGCAGUGCUACGUGCGAUUUGGUCUGUACGCAUCUCCCUUCAGGCCGUACGUGCUGAUCACCGGUUAUCUGCUGGCGUACACGAUCAACUUCCUGCCCUUCCUGAGCCGUUUCUUCUCGGCCGACGGCGAGCGCGGCCUGCCGUCGGACCAACACCACUGGGCGCAGUUCUUCUGGAGCUUUGCGAGCGCCGUGGUGAUGGCAGUGCACAUGCCGCAGCGACUGGCGCCGCACUAUCUCUACUUUCUGCACGGCCACGCGCUGAUGCACAUCGGAAUGUUCUGCAGCGUGCUGCAGCAGCGCACGGCACUGCGGCUGGAUGAACACCGGUGGCAACUCCUCGCCGACUCCGCCACGUCGCCACAGCCAUCUCUCCGCGCCAUAGGCGUUGUUCUGUGUCUCCAUGUACUCAUCGGCAGCAUUGCAGGGUACGUUAUAGCCUUCCACGGCAUCAACGUGGCGAAAAUCAAAGCACAAUCCGUUUCCGCCGAGCAUAGACAUUGAUGAAAGUAGAAAUUGGCUAUUAGACAGGCUUAUCGCUACCCACACUAAUGCUACUCUACACAGAGUGGUGCUUGUGUACGCAGAUGGAGCCUUUUUUACUGGCGUAUUUGUCAUUCGAGAGACUUUUUAAAUGGGGCUACAUGUACGUUCAUGUAACCCCAUAUACUAACUUAUUUAGUAUAGAAAGAAAUAGUGACAACUCCAUGCAAAUGUAGUGUGGACUCAAUUUUCUGGCAGCUAGUUGCCACUUCAGCCUUGUUUGGUACCAUCGGUGGAGUGCAGACUGUAGAGUCAUAGUGAUAUGCCCCGCUGAUUGCAGUAGUCUCGUCAUGUGUGUAUGCGUAGUCCAGUGUGUAGUGCAGUGGUGCACUGAUCUUCCUCUCUCUUAUUCUCUUCCCCUCUCCUAUUCUCUUCCCCUCUCUUAUUCUCUUCCCCCUCUCUUAUUCUCUUCCCCCUCUCUUAUUCUCUUCCCCUCUCUUAUUCUCUUUCCCCUCUCUUAUUCUCUUUCCCCUCUCUUAUUCUCUUUCCCCUCUCUUAUUCUCUUUCCCCUCUCUUAUUCUCUUUCCCCUCUCUUAUACUCUUUCCCCUCUCUUAUUCUCUUUCCCCUCUCUUAUUCUCUUUCCCCUCUCUUAUUCUCUUUCCCCUCUCUUAUUCUCUUCCCCCUCUCUUAUUCUCUUCCCCCUCUCUUAUUCUCUUUCCCCUCUCUUAUUCUCUUUCCCCUCUCUUAUUCUCUUUCCUCUCUCUUAUUCUCUUUCCCCUCUCUUAUUCUCUUCCCCCUCUCUUAUUCUCUUCCCCCUCUCUUAUUCUCUUCCCCUCUCUUAUUCUCUUUCCCCUCUCUUAUUCUCUUCCCCCUCUCUUAUUCUCUUCCCCCUCUCUUAUUCUCUUUCCCCUCUCUUAUUCUCUUUCCCCUCUCUUAUUCUCUUUCCCCUCUCUUAUUCUCUUCCCCCUCUCUUAUUCUCUUCCCCUCUCUUAUUCUCUUCCCCCUCUCUUAUUCUCUUCCCCCUCUCUUAUUCUCGCCCGCUGUUGACCUUGUACCUGUGAACGUGGCGUGACUUCCGAAAUACGGUGUUGAGCCGAUGCGUGCGCUGUUGCACCCGACACUUG